AUGGCGGAAACAACCUCAACUUCUGUUUCUUCUACGGCGGGUGAUUCGAAUUGGAGAGAGAACAAGUUGUGGAAAGGCACUUUUGCGGUCUCCGGAAUCAUGCUCACCCUCGUUACCUAUGGCGUCUUGCAGGAAAAGAUCAUGAGAGUCCCGUAUGGGGUGAACAAGGACUACUUCAAAUAUUCUCUUUUUCUUGUUUUCUGCAACCGCAUCACGACGUCUGCUGUUUCGGCUGGGGCUCUACUGGCAAGUAAAAAAGCUUUGAAUCCUGUUGCACCCAUUUAUAAGUACUGCCUUGUGUCAGUAACGAACAUACUUACCACGAGUUGUCAGUAUGAGGCCCUCAAAUAUGUUAGUUUCCCUGUUCAGACUCUUGCAAAGUGUGCUAAAAUGAUACCAGUUAUGGUCUGGGGCACUGUCAUAAUGCAGAAGAAAUAUCGGGGAACUGACUAUUUGCUGGCCUUUAUAGUAACCCUUGGCUGCUCAGUGUUCAUCCUAUAUCCUGCAGGGACCGACAUAAGUCCAUAUGGUAGAGGAAGGGAAAAUACUGUUUGGGGAGUUCUGCUAAUGAUUGGUUAUCUUGGGUGUGAUGGUUUUACAAGCACCUUCCAAGAUAAGAUGUUUAAAGGCUAUAACAUGGAGAUUCAUAAUCAGAUAUUCUAUACUACUUUGUGUUCUUGUGUUCUUAGCCUGACAGGCCUUAUCAUACAAGGACAAUUAUUACCAGCAGUAGAAUUUGUUUAUCUCCAUAAGGAUUGUUUCUUUGACAUUGCAUUGCUUUCAACAGUUGCAACAGGUAGUCAAUUUUUUAUUUCCUACACAAUUCGUACAUUUGGUGCUCUAACAUUUGCUACUAUAAUGACAACCAGACAGUUGGUAAGCAUCAUGCUAUCAUGUGUGUGGUUUUCCCAUCCUCUCAGCUGGGAACAAUGGAUUGGAGCUGCAAUUGUCUUCGGUGCAAUUUAUUCGAAAAGCUUCUUGAGGAAAGCACCUGAAAAGACAACAACCCCUUCUGUAGAACAUGUACAAAAUGGAAAUUCAAAUAAUUUGAAGGAGGGCCCAUGA